GGAAGGGUCGCUACGCCUCUGAUGCAACACACAGACCACAACACACAGACCACAACACACAGACCACAACACACAGACCACAACACACAGACCACAACACACAGACCACAACACACAGACCACAACACACACUGCAGAUGGACCAGCAACGUUCCGUAUAAAUUCACAUCUAAAGAUUCACACAAAUACACUCACACAAAGUGGUCUUUAGUCAUGUAACACACAAAGCCAUACAAACAUACGCAGAUACAUUUACACGAACACACAUAUACAUAUUCAUACAGAGGAUUCUAUCGAUCUAUGGCAUGCAAGAAACGUGUUGUAGACCCAUAGGAUGUGAGCACACAUAUGUGGGGCACACGUGAGCACGCAAUGGGGGAGCAGACGUGAGCACGCAAUGGGGGAGCAGACGUGAGCACGCAAUGGGGGAGCAGACGUGAGCACGCACGUGUGGGGUAGACGUGUGUACACAGCGAGCAUAGAAUGAGGCGCAGAGCUUGGCCAGUUGUUUGUAUUUUAACCCCAACUCUCGCCGUGUUCUUCUGGUACUGGACGGACGUUCGGGAUUCCAUUUUCUCUAGAUCAGCAAGCACGGUCAGCUUUGACGCCAGCAUACUGAACUAUUUGAAGCUUGUGUUUGAAGGCAAGCAGACGACAGAGUUUGGCUACAAUGUUGAGACAAGUAGAGCCCUGCAAGUGGACAGGUCCAUUCCAGACACACGCCACGACAGCUGUCCCUCAAGAUUUGGCCCAACAAAUCUUCGUCUACCGGCGCUGAGUGUCAUCGUGACGGCCGCUCAAACUGACCUGUCCGUCGUGACAAGAAACCUGCACAGUCUUCUAGAACGCGCGGAACAUGUUCCCGUUAGUGAACUUAUUCUUGUCCACGAUGUGAAACCAGGUUCAACAAGUUUUUCCAAAGUUCCAGGGCUUAAAAUAAUUCAUGAUGAAUUCAGAGGAGGGCGCAGCUUGGCUCGGCUGAAAGGUUAUGCAGCAGCUACAGGGGACAUGAUCGUGUUUGUUGACGCUCUCACGGAGAUGAAUAAAGGCUGGUUGCUUCCCCUGGUGGUCCGCUUGAUGGAGAGUCCAAACUCCAUAGUCACCCCCGUGUUUGACGUCAUUGACAGAAAUACGCUGGAAUAUUUCUCGCUGCCAGAGCUCUACAGAGUUGGUUUUGAUUGGAGUUUGCAGUUCCACUGGGAGCAGCUUCCUUUCUCUCACCACACGGACCCCGCAGAUACAUACAGAUCGCCCGCCAUGACAGGAAAUGUUUUUGCCGUGACGCGACAGUUUUUUAAUUUAAUCGGCCGUUAUGACGUCACUCCGUCUGUACAAGGAGAUUUAGAACUUUCCCUGCGAGCGUGGCUGUGUGGAGGUUUGGUUGAGAUGGCGCCGUGUAGCCGGGUGGGUUUGAUCAACAUCAAGAGCGGCAACUUGGGCCAGGAACCCACAGCCUCAUUUAACAGUUACUUGAGAGGAGCCCGUCUUGUAGCAGAGCUGUGGCUCGGGGAAUACAAAAGAUUUUUUUUUGCUGUCCGACCUUCAGCCAGGAUGCAACCAGUUGCUGGUUUGAGCUACCAAAGAAAAGUCAAGAUCAAGCUUCAGUGUCGUACUUUUCAAUGGUUUCUAUCAAACAUCUACCCACAGCUGCAGCCACUUGUGACUGAUGAGGUUGUUUAUGGCCACAUUAAACAGGGUCAGAUGUGUAUUGACCUUGACCCAGGUCAACUACCUUUGGUGGCCAAACUUAGAGAAUGUGACGUCAUGAAAGAUUCGCAGGAGUGGUCCUGGAGAAGGAGUGGCCUGAUAGUUUCCAAUGGGAUGUGCCUGACCUCUGACCUCCUCACUAUGCAAGGAUUUGUUUUGGUCCAGUUCUGCAAGGAAGCCAGCAAUCAGCAGAUGUGGUAUAGACACGCGGAGAAAAUUGUUCACGCAGACACCAACUUGUGCCUGGACGGGACUGAAUGGCAGACAGGGGUCAAGGUCACAGACUGCAUUAAGGGAGAUGAAGGUCAAGCUUGGGACAUUGGUCCACUGCAAUGAUGGAAGUUGGUACAGUGGGAGUUGGUACAGUGGGAGUUGGUACAGUGGGAGUUGGUACAGUGGGAGUUGGUACAGUGGGAGUUGGUACAGUGGGAGUUGGUACAGUAAGUACAGUGGGAGUUGAUACAGUGGGAGUUGGUACAGUGGGAGUUGGUACAGUAAGUACAGUGGGAGUUGAUACAGUGGGAGUUGGUACAGUGGGAGUUGGUACAGUAAGUACAGUGGGAGUUGAUACAGUGGUCUGCAUUCAGAUUUUUUUUCAGGCAUCUGUUAGUGGAGGGGCGAAGUAAUCCCGACCACCCCCUCCCCCGUAGAACGUCUACCGCGCCCCAACCUCCACACACCGAUCGAAAUAGAAUCUAGAUCCCCCCGGUUAGUUUAGUGUCCCCCCCCCCCCCCCCUUGAAAAUUUCAAGUCCCUCCCAUUGGGGAAAAAAGUCUGAAAGAAACACUGUGCAUGAUUGAUGUUUAGCGGCCAAAAGUAGAAAACAGUAGGGUCUACCUUUAUUCUGUAUGAUCUACAACAGCGACUAGUGUUUCUUUCAGACUUUUGUCUCCCCGGGGAAUGGGGGGGGGGGUACUUGGAAUUUU